UUUGUAGCGUCUUACCUUUUACGAGAAACUUAGAACCGAAUAAUUCCACUUCCUCGCCCACUGGCACCACCAUCACCACCUCCACCUCCGCCAUCGCCUCCGCCUCAUCGCCACCAAUCUCCAUUUUCAUUUGUUCGUGCACAAUCUCAAACGAAAGAUAAUCCCUAAUUUUUAGAUCGUUAUUUAUACCAUACAGCUCUAUUUCACUAUAAUCUAGUGGUGUUUUCACUCCUUAAUCCUAUCUCAUCUGAAAGCUACAUUACAAGUGUCUGCAAUGGAUCGUCGAAGUUGGCCCUGGAAGAAAAAAUCAUCUGACAAGGCCGAUAAAAAUGCUGCAGCAAUUGAUUCUGCUGGUGGUACUGUGGCUUCAAGCAGAUCGCUGAUGGAUAAGGAUAACUACAAAAAACCCAACUAUGUACAGAUUUCAGUGGAAUCAUACACCCAUCUGACUGGUUUGGAGGAGCAAGUGAAAACAUAUGAGGAUCAAGUGAAAACAUAUGAGCAACAAGUUCAGACUUUGGAAGAUGAAAUUAAGGAGCUGAAUGAAAAGCUAUGUACAGCCAAUUCAGAGAUGAUUACAAAGGAAAACCUUGUGAAACAGCACGCUAAAGUUGCUGAGGAAGCUGUUUCAGGUUGGGAAAAGGCUGAAGCAGAAGCUUUGGCACUGAAAACGCAUCUAGAAUCAGUUACACUUUCAAAGCUCACUGCUGAAGAUCGGGCAUCACAUUUGGAUGGCGCUCUUAAAGAGUGCAUGCGGCAGAUACGAAACCUGAAGGAGGAACAUGAACAGAAAUUGCAAGAUGUUAUUAUCUCAAAGACCAGACAAUUUGACAAAAUUAAGCUCGAGUUUGAAGCAAAAAUAGCUAAUUUAGACCAAGAACUCCUUCGGUCUGCAGCUGAAAAUGCUACUCUUUCGAGGUCACUGCAAGAGCGUUCUAACAUGCUAAUCAAAAUAAGUGAAGAAAAAUCACAAGCUGAGGCCGAGAUUGAACUUUUGAAGAGCAAUAUUGAAUCAUGUGAAAGGGAAAUAAAUACACUUAAAUAUGAACUCCACAUAGUUUCCAAGGAGCUGGAGAUCCGUAAUGAGGAAAAGAAUAUGAGCAUGAGAUCUGCUGAGGCAGCAAACAAGCAGCACAUGGAGGGUGUCAAAAAAAUAGCUAAGCUGGAAGCAGAGUGCCAGAGGUUACGCGGUCUUGUGCGGAAGAAGUUGCCUGGUCCUGCUGCACUUGCCCAAAUGAAGCUAGAAGUUGAGAAUUUAGGCCGAGAUUAUGGAGAUUCUCGACUAAGGAGGUCACCUAUUAAGCCUCCUAGUCCGCAUCUGUCCGUGCCUGAAUUUUCACUUGACAAUGCUCAUAAAUUCCAUAAACAGAAUGAAUUUCUCACGGAGCGUAUGUUGGCCAUGGAAGAAGAUACAAAGAUGCUGAAAGAAGCUUUGGCAAAGCGUAAUAGCGAACUGCAGGCUUCUAGGAAUCUGUGUGCCAAGGCAGAAAGUAGGCUUCAAAGUUUAGAAGCACAACUUCAAGUAAACAAUCAACAGAAAGGUUCACCAAAAUCUAUGAUUCAGGUUCCUACUGAAGGUUACCCUGGUCAAAAUAUGAGUAGUCCACCUAGCUUGAUCUCCAUGUCUGAAGAUGGAAAUGAUGAUGCCCAAAGUUGUGCUGAAUCUUGGGCAACAUCAUUUAUCACUGAGCUCUCUCAAUUAAAGAAGGAAAAGAGCAGUGAAAAGCCAAUUAACACAAAAAAUGCUAAGCACUUGGAGCUCAUGGAUGAUUUCCUGGAGAUGGAGAGGUUGGCUUGCUUAAAUGCAGAUGAUGCGAUGACAAUUUCAGAUUCUCCAAACAAUAAGACAUCUGAAAUUCAGAAUGGUGAUCCUUCAAUUGAUGUCUCUUCAGUCAAGGAUACCCUGUCUGAAGGACAGUCUAUUGUGAAUCCAUUAGUGAAUUAUGUAUCUUCAAAUAUGGAUUCUGAUUUGGGACCUAAUGCAGACCAGUCACCAUUGAUGAAGCUCCGGUCAAGAAUUUCCAUGUUACUCGAGUCUACAUCUAAUGAUGCUGAUGUGGGAAAAAUUUUAGAGGAUGUUAAACGUGUUGUGCAGGAUGCACAUGAUGCUUUGUGUCAGCAGUCAGUAAGUUGUGUUUCUGAGCAAGUGAGUACACUUGAUGAUGCUGCAUGCAAUGGGCAGACUUGUUCUGAAGAUGCCAUCUUAACAGGAGAGAAGGAAAUCAUUUUGCCCCAAGAUAUUAAGGCAGCCACAGAGCCGGUACACUCAGUGUCAAUCAGCCAAGAGUUGGUUACUGCCAUUUCUAGUAUUCACGAUUUUAUUUUGUGCCUGGGCCAGGAAGCAAUAGCAGUUCAUGACACAUCCUCUGAUGGUGAUGGUCUGAGUAAAAAAAUUGAGGAAUUUUCUGUCACCUUUAAUAAAGUGUUAAACGGCGAUACAAGUUUGGAUGGUUUUGUUUCUGACCUUGCUCGUGUAUUAGCAAAAGCCAGUGAGCUUAGAUUUAAUGUCCUGGGUUAUAAAGAUCCUGAAGGAGAAAUCAAUAGUCCUGAUUGCAUAGAUAAGGUUGCCUUACCUGAGAAUAAAGUCCUUCAGAGGGAUUCUUCAGGAGAAAGAUAUCAAAAUGGUUGUGCCCACAUUUCUAGUCCUAACUCUAACCCUGAGGUCCCUGAUGAUGGAAAUUUGGUAUCAGGCUAUGGGUCAAAUACAGCAUCGUGCCAAGUCUCACUGGAGGAAUAUGAAGAAUUGAAAUCAGAGAAAGACAGCAUGACUGCGGAUCUUGCUAGGUGCGCUGAAAAUCUGGAAUUGACAAAAUCCCAGUUGCAUGAAACCGAGCAGCUUCUAGCUGAAGUUAAAUCACAAUUGGCUUCCGCACAUAAGUUGAAUAGCUUGGCUGAGACACAGCUGAAAUGUAUGGCAGAGUCAUACAGAUCACUUGAAGCUCAUUCAGAGGAGUUGGAAACUGAGGUGAACCUUCUGCAAGGAAAAGUAGAAACCCUGGUGAAUGAGCUUCAAGAUGAAAAGCGAUGUCAUUGGGAUGCUUUGACCAGAUGCAAGGAGCUAGAAGAGCAACUGAAAAUGAAAGCUUCAGCUACUGAGGUUGACCUCAAGACCAAACAAGAAAGAGAGAUAGCAUCUGCAGCUGAAAAGCUAGCAGAGUGCCAGGAGACCAUAUUUCAACUUGGAAAGCAGUUGAAAGCUUUCCGUUCUCAAACAGAACCUAUAGGAUCUCCACACUACGAGAGGAGUCAAAGAGGCGAAGGAUUUGCUGAAGAGGAACCCACCACCAGUGGCAUGAACUUGCAGGACUUUGAUCAGGCUGAAAUGGAUAGUACUGUUUCAGCAAACACACACAGAACAGGCGCCGAGUCGCCCAUGGAUUUGUAUAGCCAAGCGUGUAGUCCAUCUGAUACCGAAGGAAGCUUCUCAAGAUCACCAAUCAAUUCAAAGCAUUCAAAACACAGGUCUACAAUGUCGACGUCCUCAUCUUCCACUGUUGUUCAGACGCUGGAGAAACAUCCACGAGGUUUUAGCAGGUUCUUUUCCUCAAAAGGAAAGAAUGGCAAUUAGGCUUGCAGCUUGCAGGCAUAAUAAAGUAAUAAUAAUGUCCAAAGCACAAGAAAAUGGAGUCAUCUACCGCCAUUGGUGACUGGAAAGCUUAAAUGAUGCUUUGAACGCCAUGCCAUGUAAUUUUUGCCUGUAUAUGUUCCCAUGUCCCUUAGGCUAUUUUUUUUUAUUCUGUAAUUUCAUUGAAAAGAGACUUGGUUUCUGGACUGUUACAGUAUCUGAAUAUAAUCGUUCUACGUGGCAGUUGCAGUUUUA